GCAGUAAGGCUGGAGCCUGGAGGAUCAUCAAGAGCUUUUUUAAAUUAAAAGUUUCUAUUAAUGUAGCUCAUGAUGUAAAUUUUGCCAGCUAGAUAUUGAAGUAGAAGCUGUUAAAAUACUACUGAGCUGCUACAAUGCCAACAGCGAUGGCUCAGAACACGGCAAAUUUUCAAAGUCCUGUAAAAUUUGUCAAUCAUGGCACACCAAUCUUAUUGAAUCGUGUCGAGGUGCCGUCUGAAGAAUACGAAGAAAUGAAUAAAAUGGCGCAUGAUGUCUCGGAAACUCUAAGUGAAGAAGUUUUCUCAUCAUAUAAUUGUCAUUCUUUGCAUCACAUUGAAAAAAUCCAGAGACAUCCAGGAGACAUAGUUGAAGCAGGUUCCUUAGCAGCUCAGACCUUGCCUACAGCUACAUAUCCCAUAUGCCAAUCAAUUGGUGAUGAAAUUAUUGAAAAUGGAAAGUUGAGUGAUUUGCAGUUAGAAGGGAUUCUUUAUGCAUGCCAAAGGCACCAAGUAAUCUUAGGAAGUGGGGAAAGGGCUGGAUUUUUUAUUGGUGAUGGAGCUGGUGUUGGUAAAGGAAGGCAGAUUUCUGGAAUUAUUCUGGACAACUUCUCUCGUGGGCGAACACGUCAUGUUUGGUUCAGUAUCUCAUCAGAUCUUCGUCUAGAUGCCCAAAGAGAUCUUCAGGAUAUCGGAUGUUAUAUAAAGGUCAUUGAUGGAUGCCAACAACUUGAUAAGGAGACAAGAGUAUUCGGUCUUCCCUCGGAUUUCAAGGAAGGUGUUGUAUUCAGUACAUACGCCACUCUUGUAUCAUCUGUACAACGCACUGGAAAAAGUCAAAGUAGAUUACAACAACUUAUUGACUGGUGUGGAGGAACAGGUUUUGAUGGUUGUCUGAUAUUUGAUGAAUCUCAUAAAGCAAAGCAUUAUGUUCCUGGAAAUGAGAAAUCAAGUACAAAAGUCGCUCUAGCUGUAACAACCUUGCAGAGACUUUUACCAAAGGCGAGAGUUGUUUACUGCAGUGCAACGGGUGUAACUGACGUGAAAAAUAUGGCAUUUAUGGAAAGACUUGGUCUUUGGGGUGACGGAACGCCUUUUAAGUCUUUUGAAACAUUUUUGGAGGGAAUAACCAAAAGAGGAUUAGGAGCAUUGGAGAUGCUAGCUAUGGAAAUGAAAGCUGCAGGAAUGUACGUUUCAAGGGGAUUAAGUUUUCGUGAGGCAGAGUUUCUCACUGUUCAAGCGAUGCUUUCCGAUGAACAAGUUGCUCUUUUUGACAAAGCAGCCCAUUUAUGGAAUGAGCUAAAGAAGUCCCUGGAGAUUGCUAUAUCAAGAACGACAACAACUAACAACAGAAUAUGGUCGACAUUUUGGGCGAAUCAUCAAAGAUUCUUCAAACAGUUAUGCAUGAGUAUGAAAGCACCGUUUAUUGUGAAUGAAGCAAAAAGAGCUUUAGAAUGUGGAAAUUCUGUGGUCAUUGGAUUGCAAACGACUGGUGAAGCGAGCCUGGAAAGCGAAGUCACUCGUUGUGGUGGAAAUAUUAAUGAUUUUGUUUCAACCACUGAAGAAAUAUUGUAUCGCUUUAUUGUUCAGUAUUUUCCGACUCAAAUACAACAGCCUAGCGGCGAAAUUGUAGAAGACAAAUGGUGCGUGCAAGCUAAAGAACUUCUCAAAGGUUUUGCAAAGAAAGUAAAAUUACCUAUAAAUCCCUUAGAUGAGAUUAUUGAUAAACUUGGUGGACCAUCUUGUGUUGCGGAGAUGACAGGUAGACGAGGAAGAAUUGUGAGGUUAAAUGAUCAAGGUAGACCUCGUUAUCAAACCAGGGAAUCUGACAGCAGCAAUGUCGACAGCUUAAAUAUACAAGAGAAAAACAGUUUUAUGAACGACGAAAAAUUGGUAGCCAUUAUAUCAGACGCCGCUAGUACCGGAAUAUCAAUUCACGCGGACCUCAGAGUAAAGAACCAGAGACGCCGUGUUCAUAUAACUAUGGAAUUACCCUGGAGUGCUGAUAAAGCUGUUCAACAACUUGGAAGAUCACAUCGUUCAAAUCAGAGCAGUGGUCCAAUAUAUAAACUUGUUACAACGAACCUGGGUGGAGAGAGAAGGUUUGCAGCUGCUGUGGCUAAACGAUUGCAAUCAUUGGGUGCACUUACUAAAGGAGAUCGUCGAGCUGCAACAGGUGCAGAUCUUUCCCAAUUUAAUUUUGACACGCCUUAUGGAAGGAAUGCAUUAAGACAGAUGUACUCUUCAAUUUGUGAGAGUCGUCUUAGUCCAGGUGUUGGUCUGCCUGCAGUUCUUGUUUUAGCCAAUGCAAGUAAAGAAUAUGAUUUCGGGGAGUUUAUCAAUAUUAUGCAGAAUUGUUUAGUAUCAAUAGGUGUACUCAUUGACGUGAGUAUGGUGGCUACUGGUGUCAAAGAGAAAGAAGCUGGUGAUGUUGGUAGAUUUUUAAACAGAAUACUUGGUUUAAGUGUCGAGAAACAAAACUUGAUUUUUAGCUAUUUUUGUGAAUGUUUGCAUGCAGUGAUUGAAGCAGCUAAACGCGAGGGGAGAUAUAAUCAGGGGGUGACCGACAUUCAGGCAACUUCAAUUAAAAUCAUUGGUGAACCUCAGGAAGUCUUUACGGAAAUACGACGUGGAACAGUAGGAACUAAGCAUGUUAAGCUGCUAACAGAUCGUGGUGUAUCAUGGGAAAUGGCUUUAACUCGCAAAGAACAGUCAAAAGGAAAAUUGGAUGGAUUUUACUGCUCGAAGAAGGAGCAGAAGGGAAAACGACUUUAUCUUUUAGCAAUUCAAAAAGAAACUUCUACUCAUUUAUUUACUAUCACCAGGCCAAAUACGGGAAUCUCGCCAUUUGAAGAAGAGAAAAAUAAUCUUCUGAACAAGUAUAUUUCAGUUGCUAGUGAAGAUGCAGAAGCUGGCUGGAAAGCACAGUAUGAACGUACGUUAGAUCGCUGCAUUCAUGGAAAUGGUUGUAAACUUAGCAAGAACUGUAGAGUUGGUUGUCGCACAACAGAAAUUCAUCUUCUUUGUGGAGGAAUUAUCCCACUGUUAUCUCUUUUGGAAACGACGGUCGCUCGAAGAGCAGAUGCUCUUGAAUUGAGCAAAGAACUGCGUUCAUUGCGUGUGGUGCGUGUGGAAUUGGACAGUGGACGUCGCUUGGUUGGUUUACGUUACCCAGAACCCCUGAUCACGGAAGUGUCUGAGUUAAUACGACAGCAAAAACUAAAUGCGUUGGCGAAUAAUAUAAAUCUUCAAUUGGGAAUAGCGCCAGUGAUUUUACCAAUGUUGGCAGACAAAUCAAGUUUAGCUUCAAUUGAAGAUUCUACACCUGUCAAUGUUCGUUUGUUGAAAAAGGCUUUUAAUCCUCCAGUAACAAUUAAAACUUUCUUUAAACCUUCAUCUAAAACAAAUGAUCCUGAGAUUUCAAGAGCAAAAACUGAUUCUUUAAAUGACCAUACAAGUGUUAGUUUCGAUGAAUCAUCAAACGAGCAAGUCCCACAAACCUCUGAAACUGAUUUUGCUGGAAACACUGAAACGACAAGUGAGUGCUUUAUAACAAAGUUAUCAAAGUCAAAUGAUAAAGCCAAAAGCAGUGGGAAAGGUGGAAACAAGUUAAAACGAACAGCUGAAAGUAGUUUGACACGAAAGAAUUCUUCAAAAAGGUGCAAAAAACAGGGUAAUAUUUUAAGCUCUCUUCAAAAUUCAAGUCGUCAGCGAGAAACAAAAGAAUGCCCUAUAUGUAAGCUAAUUUUCAGUCCUGCUGCGAACAACAAGGAGAUAAAUGAUCAUAUGGACAGCUGCCUUAUUGAAUGAGAAAGUGUUUUUCAGGAUAAUAUAUUUAUACUAAUAAAGAAUAUAACUUGUAAAGAAGCCAUGCGGC